CCCCAGGCUGGGGAGAUGGAAGAACAGGUGUUCAAGGGGGACCCAGAUACCCCUCAUUCCAUCUCCUUCUUGGGCAGUUGAUUCCUCUCCUUCUACCAGGCCAGGGUGGUGGAUGCCUUUCGGGACCUGACCCCCCGGAUGCUGGAAACGGCCCAUCGCUUUGCUGGGACGUCGGCAGGUGCGGUGAUUGAAGCCUUGGCCAUCUGUGGGAUUGAAAUGGGUCUGGGAGAGGGAAAAGCGGCCCUGUACUGCAGCUGCUUUGUCCCUGUGUACUGUGGCCUCAUUCCUCCAACUUACCGUGGCAUGCAGUACAUCAACGGGGGAUUCCCGGGCAUGCAGCCCUGCUCCUUCUGGACGGACUCCAUCACCAUCUCUACCUUCAGUGGUCAGCAGGACAGCUGCCCGCGGGACUGCCCCACCAUCUUCUGUGACUUCCGCAUGUUCAACUUCUUUCAGUUCUCCCUGGAGAACAUCGCCAGGAUGACCCGUGCCCUGUUCCCCCCAGACCUGGUGAUCCUGCACAAUUAUUACUACCAAGUGUACGAAGAUGCUGUUUCGUACUUGAGGUGGCUGAAUGCUGCUUACCUUAAUUAUCCUUCCAAGAGAGUGAUUUUCCCCCGGGUAGAAGUGUACUGCCAAAUUGAACUCGCCCUUGUCAAUGAGUGCCCUGAACACUGUCAACCAAGCCUCCAAACAGAGCGGGCCAGUCCAGAAGAAUCCAGACAACUUCACACACAAUGGGCUCCCAAAGGGGAAAGAAAAGGUGGCCGUGGUCCUCCUCUGUCCCCACCUGUGUAGACACCUGAAUCCACAUGUGAGUGGCCUGUGGAGUCACCUGUUUCACCACCUGCAUCGCCACUGGCCUCAUCACCAUCACAUUCUCCAACUGACUUGCCACCUGUAUCACUCCCAGCUGUGCACUUCCUCCCCAGCUCAAUACCUGGGCUGUCACCUGUAUCACCAUCACAGCAGGUACAACUGACUGGAUCACCACCCAGAUCCCCACCCCCACCCCCAGUCAUCUGUGUCAUCCAGGACACGUCCCUGGGGCCUUCCGCUGUGGGGACAUCUCCAACAUUGCCCCAAUGUUCUUCUUCAGCAACAACUGCACAGCCACCUGUGGAGGAACUUGGCCCAGAACAGCCCCAAGCUCCCUUUGCUUCUUCAAAUUCCAAAAGCACCGUGCCUCUGGCUAACGUGAAGGAAACCAUGCGCAAGCCUUAUGCAAUGGAGAGAACUGCUGAAGACUCCAAUUGGGUGAGAAAGGUAUUCAAGAAGAACAAACAAAAGACAAGUGGCACCAGAAAAGGCUUCCCAAGACAUCCACAAUCCAAAAAACCAGGCAGCAAAAUGCAGUGA